GCAUGUCAAAAUUAAUUUUGGCAAGUGAAUUAAGAUUUAAAUACUCCGUAUAAACAUAUGCAAGUCAAAACCUGUCGUUUAACAACAUUACAACAUUGUGGCUUUCAUUAACUUGUUGAAUGCUCUCAUAUAUGAAUGUGUUGAUUGUACUACACCAAUUCAAUAUGUUCCCAUUACAGCGAUUCCAUCCCUUCGGGCUCGAGACUGCUCAAAGAAUGAGAAAGAAGCGCUCAACUACCUCUUCCUUCUCAUCCCACUGUUAAAUGUUAUGGUUCCCUUCUUCUGGAAAUCAUUUCCUGUUAUUUGGUCAGUGGAUAUUGUCACGUUCUUUGGAGUGUAUGCAUGGAAGUUGAGAUGGCUAGAGAAACAGUAAUGGUCUAAAGAAGAGAGAAUGGAUCCUUUAUGUCGAUUGAUUAUUAGUUAGGCAGGAGGAUAUAAACACUUAGAGCUAUCUCAUGAGGCGGGCCUUCGUAUGCAACCCAUAUGUGUUUUCUAUCAAGUAAAUAUACAUGUUUAAAUACCAAUGAGGUCUAGCCCAAUUGGUCAGUCUGAAAUCUGAUCAUUUUAUUUCUACUAGUUGUCUCUCUACUUCCAAGACCGUACUUUUGUACGUAGUUUGUUAUUCCUCAGUGGUUUCAUAAAUAAAAGUUGUUUUCUUUUUGUUUUUGUUUUUUGGAAUAUAGAUUAAUAUAUACUUCGUAUAUGUCAAGAUACAUCGUGAUGCAUCUGAAGCAUGGGAUUAAACAGUAAACACCUGAUAGCUCUGCUAGUCCCCACUGUGAUCUGUGGAAGCUGAACUGCUCUCAUCGUCUGAAUCACUGCUCGAACUUUCACCAUCUUUUUGGUCUGAUGGUGGUGUCGGAUGCGGUUGUGGCUCUUCGGGUACCGGUUCAUCUUGAGGAGCCACUUGUAGGAAACUCAGAGCAGCUACGACGUCACCGAUCAAGGGACGAACUGAUGGUUCUUCCUGGAGACACAUGGCUGCAACCCCAACUGCUUGAUUCAAACUUCUCACUGGAAACUCCUUGUUCAAAAGUGGAUCAGCUAAUUCUGGGAACCUCUUUGGUUCCCGGAAAAAGGGUUGUGCCUAAUUGAAAUGACAUGUAACUUCAAGUGAGAAAAAAAGACACUCCAUAUCUUGAAACUUUGGUGAAUGAGAAAUUACCCCUAUUCACUCAUAUUUCAGCUCUUACAGGUCUUGCAGUGUCCACAGCUCGACGGCCAGUGAUCAGCUCAAGCAGAACGACUCCAAAGCUGUAGACGUCAGAUUUCAAGUGUUCCUUUAAAUACUCUCCCGAAUCCACCUUCUCCAAUCAAACAUUCCUGUCGGAAGUUCUUAGUUGCAGUGGCAAGCUCGCGGAAGUUGAAUGCCUUGGCAUUAUUGGAAUUUCCAGUUUCUGAGGCAGCCUCGUUGUUGCUCCCAGCUUCUGGGACAGACGCUGCUGCUUUUGGCGUGCCACUCACUGUCACAGGCGCGCAGGUCCAAAAAACAAAGGAUUAGACUUCUUCAUAAAUAACUCAAUAAGAACAUGGCAGGGUAGGACCUCAAAAAAUGCACAUUUGAUGUUCGUCAAUGCCCUAAAGGUAUGCACAUUUAAGGAGAUGGUGCUGUUGUGGCAGGGGGCUGUUCCUUGGGAUGCGCAAGGGGUAUCUGGUCGGGUGGUGGUGGUUGGUUGUCGCCUUUGUCUUCCUCCUUUUUCUUCCGGAAACAUGGAAAGCAACUCAUGUCUCAAUCCUCUUGCGAUGGUUGAACGGAUUGUACGCAGUAUCUGAUAUGUGUCGAAGAGAAUCAAGGAGAAAGAAUCUGCAGAAUGUUCUAAUGGCUCCAACGUUUGACAUCAAAUCAAAAUCCUUAAAAAACAAAAACAUGGGACAGAGGGAGAACAACGUGGGGGUCUAUCAUGCAUUAUGAACAAUGAACGCUACGCGAUUAGGUAUAUAUUCUGAUAUGAAUGGAAAUGGAUCUCUACAUUUUGCAUGGUUUUUUUUGUUGUGUGAUUGGAGAAAGAAAUGAAAGGGCAAAAGGGUCCUCCAAGAAGGAGAGGAGUUGAAGGAGGACCCUAAUGGAGAUGAGCUUCAAGAGAAUGGAGGGGAAAAAUCAUUAGAGAAAGAGGGAAGAAGAGAAAUUAUAUGCCAAACCUGGUGAGUGGAUGGAUUCCUAGCCUCCAGCAUUCAUCUAGUUUCUUUUGGGAACAAUCUGACACUUCAGUCCCAACUUCUUCGCUGCUGCGGCUCGGGAAAUUUUGUUUUUUUUUAGCCUCUGCUAAGAAGGUUCACGAUUUUUUCUUAGAAUGAGACUUGGAAAGUUCCCAGAUACAUAAUUCUCUGCUGGUGCGUAGUGAAUACUUAUUUCAUCCCGGACAGGCUACUUCCUACAGAUUUAUUGGGACUCGGAAAAUGCUAUGGAAGUAGAAUCGUGGAGGGGCAUAUUUGGGAGAUUUGAUUUUAGUGAAAGGCGUAAAUGUUGGAGAAUCCCGCCUAAUAAGCAGCAGGCUCUGAA